AUGACUUUGUUCCCCACCAAGUUUGAAAAUGGGAAGAUUGAGUACAAGAUAAGGUACAAGGGGAGAUCAAGGCCAUUCUCUAGAGCCAAGGCCUUGGUGACUUCAGAACAGUCCAGGGACCCAACCAAGCUAAAGGAGCUUCUGUCUCAAGUCCUCACUAUCACCCUUGAUGGUACUUUAGAAAAACAAGUUCAAGAUGUUGAGAAAGUGAGGGAAGCCAACAGCUUCAAGAGGAAAGGAGAGAAGCAAGGAAUGAGAGAAAGGAUGCAAGAUGAAGGCUUGGAGUAUGUGCGAGAGAAGAGAGGAACCAGAGAUGGAAGAAUCUGA